AUGUUCGUACUCACGCGCCUGUCAGAUGUCAUCCCCGUAGCGCCGGCGCUCUUCGACGCCGACUACGCGCAGGUGCUCAUCGAAGAGAUCGACCGCAAGUACGCGAACAAAGUGAUCGCCGACGUCGGACUGUGCGUGACGCUCUUCGACUUUGUGCGCAUUGGCGACGCGUUCGUGCACCCGUCGGACGGCACGUCGCACUCGCACGUGGAGUUUCGGAUGGUCGUCUUUCGCCCGUUCGUGGGCGAAGUGCUCAAGGGGCGUAUCGUGAGCUGCACGGACGAGCACAUCCGCGUGUCGAUGGACUUUGUGCAGGACAUUAUCAUCCCGUCCUAUGCGCUCCAGACGCCGUCGUACUUUGAUAAGGCCGAGAAGUUGUGGGUGUGGAAGUACUCGGACGGACAAGAGAAAUUUUACAUGGACUUGCACGAGGAGAUCCGCUUUCGCGUGACGAACAUCAACUUUACGCGCGUGAUCAAGACAGCAAAAGGCAUUCAAGCUACGACAACAGAGGCGAUCGAUAAGGCGGAGAAGGAUAUUAGCGCUGGAGACAUGCGGCAGUCGUUGGCCCGUCGACGGUCUUCAAGCGUCGAUCUCUCGGACAAUGACCCUACGCCAUCAGCUAUACACAUCUUGGGAUCGAUUGACGAAGACGGUCUUGGCUUGUCGUCGUGGUGGACAAGCUAG